ACGGGGGCUUUCGGGUCGGUCCGAAAAGGAUUGGGUUCCUCCCUCUUGCGAGUGAGGAUAUGAUAUCGGAAACUUCCCAGUUCCGACCGGAGUUCGAAUACCCCAUUUUGGUAUGCCGGAAGAUGCCGCAGUUUAUUCGCAGCCACCAGUUGGCAGUGACCAUCGUUGACCACCACCUCCGUCUGCUCGAUAUUCAUCAGUCUUCUCGUUUCAUUUGACGCUAACCGACAAACACUACAUCUAUGCCUCAUCGUGUCCAAAGAGCCGAUAGGAAUGCCUUACCUCUUCCUCGGAUUCAGAAGAGCAUGACUACGCAGCAGCCAACCUCCAACCUGCCGUUCAAGAUAUCCAUUGGUGGUCGUCUCGUCCCCGAGCCGUUUUUGACCGUCCCUCAGCUAAAGGGCCAUCUGGCCCUUUUACGCUGCUUUGCUGAACUUAAAAACAAAGUCGAGAAUAUGGCUGAAGCGGAGCAAACAAGUUACCCCCAGGUCCCCGCUGACAAGGAACAACGUUGGAAUUGGUUUGUUGCACUAGCUGUUGAGAGAUUCGAGAAAUGGUGCCUAGCGAAAUCCAGCAUAGAACGGGAUACAAGCGAAGACUUUGUUGUUCGUCAUCUGCCUCCGAUCGACGUCUUAAUGGUCUGGCAUGCCUAUCAACUAAACCCUGCUCGUUAUCUUGAUGACUGUUUCCGAAUUCAAGGCCUAGGGGAUCACGGAGACUGGUUCAAGAUCAUGGAUCAAGUUUCUUCUGUCUACACCAACGACUACAUGAUAGUCGAGAGGUCCUACCAUUGGACUGAACUCACAGGACUUCCUUUCGAUCCAUUUGAGUGUGCGAAGAAAUUGACUAGGCGAGGCGUCGAAUGUCCCAGGUGUUUCGAUAGCCUCUCAGUUCCACUGCUUGCUGCCAACGGCAGCGGAUACAUACAACCAAACUUCAAGUUUACCUGCCCCAAGUGUAGUCAUGUCGUUACGAAAGAGACUUUAGCCGUUCACAAGCUUGUGGCCGAUCUUGUAGUCAGCGAUGCGACACUAUCACAGACGCUCCAUUACUCGGGCGCUGCAGCUCUCUGUGAUCCCAUACGUGCCAUGCAAGUCAAAGCGGCGGUGUUGCGAUCAGAUGUCUUCAUGUCUAAGGGGGACAAUCUAUCUCCUAGAGAAUGGGCAGUGGAUAUUCAGGAAGUCGUAAGUUAUGAUAUGGUGAAGCUCAAGCAACAUAUGGGCAUAUAUAUGAAAGAUGGAGGAGCCAAACUGCUGAACAAGAUCGUGAGCGCAUAUACAGAUGACAAGAUUUUCUCAUUGGAUCUCGUCGGCGCCGUUUUACGUCAAGGUUCAUUCACUGCCAAAAUGCGCAGAUUUGGAUGGUACGAACCGGACUUUUUUGCCAGACCAGAAGAUGAGUUGGCACUGAAACACUGCAUCGCGAGAUAUCAUGCAUUCCUCGACCUUAUGUCAAGCAAACCGAAGGAGUUUUUCGUACCUACGCUAGAUAUCGAUCUUGCCUGGCACACUCACCAACUUCUGCCGAGUUAUAACGAAGAUUGCAUCAGCUACCUACGUCGUUCUAUUGACCACGACGACAACGUCAAGGAGAACGUGCUCUCAAGCGCAUUUGAUAAGACCUGCCUGGCAUGGGGGAAACGCUACAAUAUCCGAUACACACCCUGCGGGUGCUCCGCAUCUGGCACUAGCACCGGAGAAAAAUUGAGCGGACAGCCGUUGCAUUACCUCAUCCCGCCUGAUGAUCGAAGUGACUCGGACCUCGUUGCGAGUGCGCAAGGUCAGGGAACAGAGGAAGAGGGGCGGCGGGCUGAUCUGUCCUUCUUGGCUCCUGUCCCGCUGUACAUUGCCCAAGGCACGAUGGGUGCAUGUGGCGGUAAGUCUAUGCUCUGUUUCAAGGGCCAAGUUUUGACGACUUUUAGGUGGUUGUGGUGGAGGCUGCGGUGGAGGCGGGUGUGGUGGUGGUUGUGGUAGCCGCGUUAGUUCUUGUGGUGGGGGUUGUGGAGGGGGUUGUGGAGGAGGAUGUGGUGGUGGUUGCGGAGGGGGUGGCGGCGAUUAGGACCACCCCAUCCCUAGCCGCCGAUUUCAAACGGCGUGUAUUUUGGUAUCGUUUUCAUUUGACUUUACUUGUCGUUGUUAUGAAACUGAUAAUAUCAUUGCUUACCCUUGCUGUCAUGUGUGUUGAAGAUAAUGAACGACAGUUGU